AUGUCAGGAUCGUUACAUGUGACGCAGAGGCAGAAGCUGCACCAACAGCAGGAGAAGCGGCAGCAGCAGCACUAUGAGAGCAGCUAUUACCUGAGCACCAAGUCGUCUGUUAGCAAGCAGGCCUUCUCCACUGUCAAGAGCACCAGCCAGCGAUUAAAGACCUCUGUGAAGACAGAGAAGGGGCAGGAGGUGGUUAAACUAAGCCCACUACCCAAGAGAGCCAAACGCACCUACCUGGCAAUGGACAAGGACAAAGAGAUAAUCGGCUAUGUCGUUCCUGUAUUUCGAGCCAAUCACGAGGUGGUUAGAGGUCUGGAAGAAACCCAUGAAGAAGAUACAACAGAGGAGGGGAUUAAUUAUGUGGCCAUGAGGAACCUGUUUGUCAGAGAGGCCCGGGAGGCGAUGGAAGUCAAAGUGGAGAAGAAAACCAGAACAACGCAUGUCAGGGAAUCCGCCGAACGCCUGGAACUGAGCAAAACGAUGGAGGAAUGGUCCGAGUUUCGUAAGAAAAUGAACCCAGACAGCCUGACGCACCCUCCGGAGUUUAUUGUGAAGCCACGAGGACAGACCGUCUGGGAGGGCAACACAGUCAAGCUGCACUGCACCGUGGCCGGAUGGCCCAAACCCAGGAUUGCCUGGUACAAAAACAAUGUGCUGAUUGAUGCCAAGGCCCACUCUGAGAAGUACACAACUGAGAGCAAUUACAACAUGCACUCCUUGGAGAUCAAGAACUGUGAUUUCUUGGACACUGCUCAGUACCACGUCUCUGCCCUCAAUGUAAAGGGGGAAGUUUCCACUGUGGCCACCAUUGUUGUCAAAAGAUUCCAAGAGGGUGUGGAAGCAGGUCCGCUUGAUCCUAAACCACAUGGUUACUGCCCUGAGCACGGUGUCACCUUUGAGACAACCAUCAUGGACAAGUUUGAUGUGGCCUUUGGCUGUGAAGGGGAAACACUGAGUCUGGGUGGCACUGUCAUUGUUUAUCCCACUGUGAAAAAAUACCAGCCUGAGGUUGUGUGGUACCGAAACUCUGUCCCCUUGAAGCCUUCUAAAUGGGUGCAUACCCACUGGUCUGGGGAGCGUGCAAUUCUCACUCUUGUGCACCUUAACAAGGAAGAUGAAGGCAUGUACACCCUGCGUGUCAACACCAAAUCUGGCUUCAACACCCACUCAGCCUAUGUGUUUGUGAGAGAUGCUGAUGUAGAGGUGGAAGGGGUUCCCGUGGCCCCCCUGGAUGUGCGCUGUCAUGAUGCCAAUAAGGACUAUGUGGUGGUAACCUGGAAGCAGCCGGCGGUGGAGGGCAGCAGCCCCAUCCUGGGAUACUAUAUCGACAGGUGUGAGGCUGGAACCCAUCACUGGGCUCAGUGUAACGAUGCCCCGGUUAAGUACGCUCGCUACCCCGUCACAGGACUGGUGGAGGGCCGCUCUUACAUCUUCAGGGUGCGGGCUUUGAACAAAGCCGGAAUCAGCCGCCCAUCUCGUGUGUCUGAGGCCGUGGUCGCCAUGGAUCCUUCUGACAGAGCACGACUCAGAGCUGGACCCUCUGCACCUUGGACCGGAAUGAUCAAGUUCACAGAGGAGGAUCCCACUGUGGGUGUCGUCCCUGGAGAACCAUCUGAUGUUGUGGUUACUGAGGCAACCAAGAGCUAUGUGGUGCUCGCCUGGAAGCCUCCGGCGCAGAGGGGUCAUGAAGGGGUCAUGUAUUACAUUGAGAAGUGUAUUUCAGGGACAGACACAUGGCAGAGGGUGAACACUGGCAUGCCAGUUAAGUCUCCACGCUUUGCACUUUUUGACCUGGCCGAGGGUAAAUCCUACAGCUUCCGUGUGCGCUGCUGCAACUCCGCUGGUGUGGGCGAACCAUCUGUAUCCACCGGAGAUAUCAUCGUUGGAGAUAAACUCGACCUGCCGUCUCCUCCAGGCAAUCCAGUGGUCACCAGAAACACAAACACCUCUGUGGUGGUCUCUUGGGGAGCCAGUAAGGAUGUUAAGCACUUGGUGGGCUACUACAUUGAAUGUAGUGUGGUUGGCACUGAUGUCUGGAUGCCUUGCAAUAAUAAGCCUGUGAAGCAGACCAGGUUUGUGUGCCAUGGCCUCACCACUGGGGCGAACUACGUGUUCAGGGUGAAGGCGGUGAAUGCAGCUGGUUACAGCCAGAGCUCAGCCACUUCUGAUGCUGUGGUUGUUCAGGCCGCCAUCUCCCUACCUGGGAAACCGACUGAUGUGACCGUGCUGGAGGCUGUUAAGGACUACAUGAUGUUGGGUUGGACUGAGCCAGCUCACAACGGAGGAGCAGAUAUCAGGGGAUAUUUUGUGGACUACAGGACCGUUAAAGGAGGCGUUUUUGGGAAAUGGCAUGAAAUGAAUAACAAGGCUCUCACCACAGCAUCCUAUAAGGCUGAGGACCUGAAGGAAAACGUCUCCUACCAGUUCAGAGUUCGUGCAAUGAACAUGGCAGGUGUGAGUAAAACUUCUCUGCCAAAUUCAGCUGUGGAGUGCAAAGAGUGGACCAUCACCGUCCCAGGUGCUCCCGUCGGUCUUCAUGUGCUGGAGGUUCGGGACACCUCUCUCGUUGUCCUGUGGGAGCCUCCGCUGUUCAAUGGCCGGACUCCCGUCAAUGGCUACUAUCUGGACAUGAAGGAGGCGUCUGCUGGGGAGGCAGCCUGGAAAGCCGUUCACGAGAAAACCAACAACAAAAAGUUUAUGAAGGUGACUGGGAUGAAGGCUGGAACAUCCUACGUCUUCCGUUUGCGUGCUCAAAAUCUUGCUGGAGUUGGAAAGCCCUCAGCAGUCUUAGGUCCAAUCCUGGCCCAGACUCGCCCUGGCACCAAAGAGAUUUAUGUGGACGUAGACGAUAAUGGCGUGAUUUCUAUGGUCUUCGAGUGCUCUGAGAUGUCUGAAGGUUCCAAAUUUGUUUGGUCGAAAAAUUACAAGGAGAUCACAGACCCGUCUCGUCUGACUAUUGUCACCGAAGGUGGAAAAUCAAGAGCCAUCUUCAACAGUCCUUCCCUGGAGGAUCUUGGCACCUUCUCCUGUAUGGUCACCAACACUGAUGGCAUUUCUUCCAGCUACACGCUCACUGAGGAGGGUCUCAUGCGUCUCCUGGAUCUCAGCCAUGAACACAAGUUCCCUGUUAUUCCCUUCAAGAGUGAAAUGGCAAUGGACCUCCUUGAAAAGGGCCGUGUACGAUUCUGGACCCAGGUGGAGAAAUUCACUUCUGCCUGCCAAGUGGAAUACGUCUUCAAUGAUGUGAUCGUUGAGCAAGGAAAGAAAUACACAAUGAACUUCGACAAAUCCACUGGUAUCAUUGAAAUGUUUAUGGACUCUCUGGAAGUCACAGAUGAGGGAACAUUUACCUUUAACCUGGUGGAUGGCAAGGCAAAGGGUACAACCAGUCUGGUGCUAAUUGGAGAUGAAUUCAGGGAGCUUCAAAAGAAAUCAGAGUUUGAGAGAGCAGAGUGGGUCAGGAAACAAGGUCCACACUUUGUUGAGUACCUUGGCUUUACUGUUACUCAGGAGUGUGAUGUGCUGCUCAAAUGCAAGAUUGGUAACAUCAAAGCAGAGACCGAGAUCACUUGGCUGAAGGACUCCAUUGAGAUUGCGGAGGACGAUGAGGAUGCGCGCAAGAUCGAGAAAAAAGACAGCGACCUGACCUUUAAUAUCGGAAAGAUCUCCAAGCAUGAUGCUGGUAUUUACGAGGUCCACCUGAGGGAUGAGAGAGGCAAAGAUAAGAGCUCCUUCAAUCUGACAGAAGCAGGAUACCAAGCCGUAAUGAAUGAGCUGUUCAGAGUUAUUGCCAACUCUUCCAGUGAAGUCAAAGUUGUCAGCACCGAACACGGCAUCAUCCUCUCCUCCAUGAUCACAUACUAUGAUGAAAACCUGCGCGUCGGGUGGCUUCACAAGGAUGCAAAGAUUGCUGCUUCAGAGAGAGUUAAGGCCGGUGUCACAGGAGAGCAGCUCUGGCUCAAGAUCAAUGAACCCACAGAGAAGGACAAGGGCAAAUACGCUAUUGAUAUCUUUGAUGGCAAGGACGGUGUGAAGAGAAUCUUUGAUCUCAGUGGGAAGGCUUGGGAGGAGGCAUUUGAAGAAUUCCAAAGGCUCAAAGCGGCAGCAAUUGCAGAGAGAAACCGUGCGCGGGUUGUUGGAGGCUUGCCAGAUGUAGUUGCAAUUCAAGAGGGCAAGUCCCUAAACCUGACUGGCAACGUGUGGGGUGAGCCUGCACCUGAGGUAUGCUGGAUGAAGAACGAAAAGGAGCUGGUAUCCGACGACCGUUACAAACUCAAGUUUGAGCACGGCAAGUUUGCCAGCAUCACCAUUGCCGCCGUCACCACCGCUGACUCCGGCAAAUACGCCCUCGUGGUCAAGAACAAAUACGGCAAAGAGGCUGGCGAGUUCACCGUCAGCGUGUACAACCCAGAUGAAGAAGAGAGCAAGGGCGAGAAGAAAGACUAAAGGCUGGCACAGUGAAGUAAACCAAAAGGAUAAUAACAUCUAGGCCAUCAAAGCCAUUUACCCUGGCGCAUGCCGGUGCAAUAAAGCAGUUCAAUAAAUCUUGAAUACAGCUGCUUCCUCCUGCGUCUUUGGUUUGCUGGGCUAAAAACAGCUUUUGACAUUGUGUGUCAAGAAAAAAAACAAUGAGAUGCAGAGAGAAUGAUUUUGUGCUUCUUGUUGCUUUGCAUGCUUCCAGUCUGGGCAUCCCUAUCAGCUGCUCUUAAACCGGAUGUGGUUGACCACUUAUUUAUCUUUUAUUUUGAAAUCAAGUUACAGGCCAACAAAUCCAGGCCUAUCAGUGUUAUCUCAUUUGAUUAAAAUGUUAAACUGGGCAAGCUUUUAAAUUUUGUCUUUGGGUAUUUUCCUACUGUAAAGGAAUAAGUAUAUAUAAAAUUCAUGAUGUUGUAAAAGAAAAAACAUUUUUUCAGAUAUUUCACACAUUCAACACAUCAGCUUUCUGAUGUUUGAUUGUGUUGUUUGCAUGUAUGUUGUACAUGUAUUGUCUGCAAGCUAAGAGCAUAAGUCAUCCCAGCCAUUUGCAGGAGGGCUAAUAAACACUGGUGUGAAUUUAAGGAGUGUGACAACGCACAUGGCUGUCAAAACCGGUUUAAUUAAGAUGUUUUUUACUUUAACGUCCUUCAAAGCUACAUGCAAAGUCCAGGUAGAACUGGAAUAAAUUACAGAGCCUGCCUUUUAAAACUUGCCCUGGGCUUCACAAACAGAAAGUUUCCCUGAAUAAAAAGAAGGAAUGUUUCUGAUACAAUGGAGGAAAGACAGGUGAAAAACUGCCCUGCGGCAUUUGGUCUGAAGCCAAGUAACUGGUUUACAACUUCAGCAUGCUGUUUCUGUUUCAGGCUCUCAUUGUAAUGAAACCUGUGGCUGUUUCAGAGAAGUUUCAUUUUAAUAUUACGCAAGAUCCUGUUCAUCCUCAUAGGGGGAAAAUGCCACCAAAAAAA